GCGACCGCGGAGGCUGCUGGCGGAGGCGGAGAAGGAUCGCCUGGCAGAGGAAGAGAAGCGCCAGAAGCGUGAGAAGCGCGAGGCGGCGCGCCGGCAACGCCAGGAGGAGGCAGAUCGCCGUGCGUCACGGCAGAGGGCGGAGGAGGCAGCGCACCGGGCGGAGGAGGCAGAGCUCCGCGCGGCGCAGCAGAGGGCGCAAGAGGAAGCGCGGGUCCUGGCGGAGCAGGAGUUCCAGGCGAUGGUGGAGUCCGAGGUGGCAAGGCGCAUGGCGGCUGCGCAUUCGGAGGAGCAGGCCGUGCCACACGUGGUCUCUUUGCUCACGGCAAUCACUGCGGCCAUCGAGGAGAUGCGGGAGGAGCGCCGGCAAAACGGCGGCAGCGUCAGUCUCGAGCUCAUGGCGUCGAUCAUGGGCAGAGAGCUCUCGGCGGAGGCUGCGCGGGCGUGGUCCCUGCGAAAGCUGGCGAACACCGAGGGCAUCUGA